UUUAACCAGCAUUGACGUCUCGUUAACGAAUAAACGGAAAAAAACAACAACCAUCUCUCCGUCCCUUCUCGCCGGAAAACUCACAGGUCCGGCGAGACCUCAGAAAUUCCGUUGAAGUUUACAAAGAAGAAGAAGGAGUGAAGGUGAGGAAGUUGAGAAGUUGAGAGGAGCUAGUAACGUGCAAUGCAGGGAACGGUAAUAGGGUAUGGGAAGAUUUGGAUGGAGGAUCUUGCACGCCACACAAACAACGCAUACAAUUAAUUACAAAGAUGAUGAUCCUCCCAUUUUGCAAAUUCCCACCUUGCCUUAUGCCCUACUUUAUUCGUUUUCUCUCUCACACAUCUUCUCUUCCUCCUCUUUCCAUAUACUACUAUUUAACUCAUUCUCACCCCUUCCCUCCACUUCCGUCUCCUCUUCCAAUUCCCCUAAGAUAUAAAAAGUUAGGAGAUUUUCGUUUUUUGGGAUACAUAUCUACGCAUUCUGGGAUUCAUCAUGCCUUCUGAGACAAUUGACUUCAAGAGUUUUUCUUCAUCGUUGUAUUCUUCUGAAGAUAUUUGUUCUUCUAAGGAGAGACAGGCUAGCUUAUGGAAAUCAGAUAACAUGCCCAAUUGCUAUGAUUUUGAUCAAGGAAUAAAAACUAGCUUGAAUGUACAAUCAUUAUCCCAUUUAUCAGAUAGUAGCAAAGUCAAUGUAGUUGCUACUCAGCAUGAAAGUAGUCUCUUUUCAAGUUCUUUGUCGGAGUUGUUUAGCAGGAAAUUGAGAUUAUCUGCAAAUAAUGCUUUAUAUGGACAUUCAGUUGACACUGUUGCAUCCCACUAUGAGGAAGAGAGACUUUUUGACUCUCUUGAAGAACUCGAGGCUCAAAUUAUUGGAAAUCUACUCCCCAGUGAUGAUGAUUUGCUUUCUGGAGUCACUAAUGGGCUCGACCACAUCAUCCAAGACAGCUCUGGUGAUGACACGGAUGAACUAGACCUUUUCAGUAGUGUUGGAGGGAUGGAUUUAGGACAUGAUAAUUGUUCAUCUUCUGAACAAAAGAAUUCUGAAAUCCUUGAUGAAGCUUGUAACAGUCAACUAGGGCUGCGUAGUGCCUCGAUUGCUGGAGAACAGCCUUACAGUGAACACCCUUCUAGAACAAUAGUCGUGAGAAACAUUAAUAGUCAACACAAAGAAAGUAAUGUUUAUCUGCAUCAAAACAGCCUUCCUCUAAAGUCACCAACUAGCUUCCCGGGUUUGCAUGGGAUUUCUAAAUCUGGUAAGCUGGAUGGUGGAAGAGUUCUUGGUGUUGAGCCUGCCAUAUGCACACCAUCCCCGGAAACUGCUUUUUUUCAUGGGGUCUCUUCAAGUGUUCCUAACUCCUUACCAUCACUAGUCAGAGUUAAAUCAGCUGACAACAGAUGUGAAGUUACUGAAUCUGGUUCACCUGGCCAGUUGAAUUUUGAUAGUCAAGCUGCUCCAGCUUUUCAUCCCCAUUCCCUUCCAGAAUUUCAUGAUGGUUUAGCUAACAGUGUUCAUCAUAUUCCUCCCGAGGUGGCAGCAAACAUCAAUCUCAAAACACAGGAAAGAAUAGAUAACAUGCAGUUCUGUCAAGUAAACUCCAAUGGGCGCUUCAUGGAAUUCAAUGAAUGUGUUUUUAAAUCCUCUGGUAAUGGAAGCUGUCCUCUUCCUGGUCAUCAUUACAAAUGGGGAAACUCCUAUCAGCCUCCUGGAAUGAUGUGGCCAAAUUCACCUUCGUAUAUUGAUGGAGUUUGUGCAGCCACUAAUCUGCCAAGAUUGCAUGGACUUCCUAGGUCACCAUCACAUAUGAUGGCCACUGUUUUACCCAUAAAUGGCCAGCAUGUGCCUUCAGCUCCUUUUUGGGACAGAAGACAUACCUAUGCAGGGGAAUCUCUUGGGAAUAUGCAAUUUUCCGGUAACACAGCAGCACACUGUGUUGAUUUUGUUUCUUAUAAUAUCUUUCCACAUUUUGGAGGAAAUUGUGUUGACCUUAGAGUCCUACCCAAGAAUCUUGGAGUCCAUUUUCAUAACCAAGGGGACCUAAUGUUUCCCAGAAGAAACCACAUGAUUAAUUCAUUUGAGACUCACAAACAACGUACCAGAAGCCGCAGAAAUGAAGGUUUGCCAAACUUGGAUGACAAGAAACAGUAUGAACUUGAUAUUGACCGCAUAAAGAAGGGAGAAGAUAACCGAACAACACUAAUGAUAAAGAACAUUCCUAACAAGUAUACAUCCAAGAUGCUGUUAGCUGCAAUUGAUGAACGCCAUAGAGGAACUUAUGAUUUUGUUUAUCUGCCAAUUGAUUUCAGAAACAAAUGCAAUGUGGGAUAUGCAUUCAUCAACAUGAUCAAUCCUGGCUUGAUUAUACCAUUCUAUCAGGUGUUCGAUGGGAAGAAAUGGGAGAAAUUCAACAGUGAGAAAGUGGCAUCACUAGCAUAUGCUCGUAUACAAGGGAAAGCAGCUCUCAUUGCUCACUUCCAAAAUUCAAGCUUGAUGAAUGAGGAUAAGCGCUGCAGGCCUAUCCUCUUCAACACCGAUGGCCCUAAUGCCGGUGACCAGGUUCCUUUCCCAGUUGGCAUUAACAUUCGCAACAAAGCUGGAAGAGUGAGAAACAACACUCAGGAGGAUAACCUGCAAGGGAGUCGGAGUCUGCCUAAUUUGGGAAUCAGUAAGCUCUCAUCUGAUGGAGACAGUCAUUCAUUGGAGUCAGACUAAGGAAGCUAUCUUUCUCUCUUCUGCCAUGUCAUUAAUUUUAGUGGGUGCUAACCUUUGGAAACCAAAUGGUCUAGUCACGUUAAUAAAGCUGCUCAUGUUUGGAGCACAUAAGUACCAACACUAACUUUAAGCCGAGAAUUUUUCUAGUUCUUUUGGCUUUUGAUGCUAAAUCCAAACAUGGUUGAAGUAUAAGCAUCAAGAGGACUAUAUAAAAAAUUACAUGUACAGGAGUUUCACAUUGGAGAGUGGAGAGGCUUGUAAAGUGGUUUGAGGAGAAACUUAAUUAGUCUGUAUCAAUUUUACCUUUGGUUCCCCUCUUCCUCUCCUUGUUUUUUCUUCAGGCAUUUUUUCUUUCUUUUGUAAAUUGUUGAUUUUGGAGUCCAUCUCAUCCAAAACUCUUGAAAAUUUUGAUGAACUAUUUAUGUGCUGUGCCGAAACCUUCUUCGGUUGUUCAUCAUUGUUAAUGUUUGGUGUGCAAGCAUACUCUUGUAUUCACCUUUUCCUUGUAACAUAUUACCAUUCGAAUAAUAUAAUUGACGUUUCUCGUCGUUUGAGUGUCU